CCGAACGCAAUCCUCCCGAAGACAACCCCAAGAAAUAUCAUGUCGGACUUUGCAGCUUUCCUUGGUCAGGCUCCGCCGGUGAGCAGGUAUGUUAAUCCUCUUAGCCGAGAGAUCCCCGCACCCCCUUGGAAAGUCCCUUGGUUCGGAGGGGGGGGGUUGGGCUGUGGUUUCAAUGUGUUAUCUUUCUUCGUGCUGUGCUGCGGCGGCGGUGAUGUGGAAUAUGCCAAACUGAUGGAUCGAUGAAAUUUUUAGGGUCUUUGCUGGGCUCACGUUUUUGUUAUCGUUCUCUGCUCAUGUUUUGAGGAUCCAAGCCGUCCAUCCAUACUACUUAACAUGGUAUGCACCUAUGGUGUUUAAUACUACACGGCCGGAAGUAUGGAGGAUCGUGACCUCGUUUAUGAUAUCAAGACCUGGCAUGGUAUGAGUUGUUAUACCUCUCCCCUUCCACGCGGUGAGGCAUAUGCUUACUGUCUCUCAUAUAGUCGGUUCUCCUGACACCUUUCUUCCGUGAGCAGCCAACCCCGAUAUUACGCUCACUUUUCAGUUACCGGUAUAGCUGACUGCUCUUUUUCUUUUUCUUCUCUCCGAUGAAGUGUAUAAAUACUGCAGCGAGUAAGUGCAACCAAGCCUGUGAGAUUUUGGCGGUGGGUCGCUGAUAUGUGAAUUUAGUUGCGAGACAAAAAAGUUUCUGAGAUCCGGAGACUUAUUAGUAUUUGUGCUCUUUUGUGGAUUUGUGAUUCUGGUAGGUGGCCAUACGAAGUCCUAUAACCAACAAAUAUCACAUACCAUCCCCCACCCCACGCAACCCCUGCAAUCACGCGCAAUCGCAUAACAAACGCUAACCUAGCCUACCAAACCCGCAGCUCCUAAACACCUUCAUCCUGCAAGGAAUGCUCCUUUGUAGCGCCAUGACUAUCGCCCUGGCAUACUACUGGACCGCUCUCGAGAGCAAGGAUAACUCAGUCAACUUCUUCAUCGUCCGCUUUCCAGUGAAGUACCUCCCUUGGGUCAUGAUUUUCGUCACUUUAGUGGCAGAAGAUGUCGGCUCAGCCCUCGUCGAGGGAACCGGCAUCAUAGCAGCGCACCUCUACCUCUUCCUCACAAACAUCUGGCCCCGCGUUGCCGGCGGUCGACACGUAAUCUACACUCCGCAAUGGGUCUACAGGUUAUUCGAGGAGCACGGUGAUCCGGCCGCUAGGGGUAUUCGUGCUGGCGCCUCGCCUUCUGUGGCUGCGACGGGGCCUGCUGGAGGCGCGGGUGCUACUGGGAGGAGCGCGUUUGCGCCGUCAGGGACUUGGACGCAUAGGGGGCAAGGGCAUCGAUUGGGGAGCUAGCCGGUUUCCCGAGCUGGGGUUGGGGUGGAUAUAAUGGAUUAAAUCAAGUAGGUACGAUAGGCAGUAUGAGGUUGGUUAGAAAAAUAUACCUGGCUUUCCCUCUUGACUCUGUUUUGUGUUGCCCUAUACAGUCUACUGUGUGUUCGUCUAUCGGCAUGCCGAGGUGGAAACGGGUUCUUUGUAUCGCAUUUCCAGGCACGGAAAAACCUAGUUACUGGAUUAAACCGGAUUGUGCAUCAUCUUUUCCACUGU